GUUUGUAAUCGCGACAGUGCGUUUAUCUUACUCGUUAUCAGCCGCACACUAAUCGCCGCGCCGAGUGUACACAGUGCAGCGAAAACAUCAUGUUGGAUGACAAGCUGUGCGUGAUCGUGAUGCGCCGCUCCGAACGGUGGAUCGCGCAGAGGCCGCUUAGUACGCCCGCGAGUACUUUGGCGAGUGGUUGUGUCCGCGUUUGUCGUGCUCGCAUUCAACCGUGACGGUGUGCCGAGAUUAGAGCCGCAGCAAAAAAGAGAAAGUUACGUGUUGGGCCCUCCUCCAGCAUCCGUCCGUGCUUUUCGAUAGACCAAGCGAGCCUGCGAGCCGUCAUGGAGAUGAAAUCAAUCAAACGGAGCUCCACGGAGGCUCCACGUACCGAAGAAGGUGAUGGUGGUUUAUCGGAAAUUCAUGAAGCAGACGCUGCUACCGAGAACGAAAUGGAAGCCAAAAGUACGGACACGCUGAAACCGGGAUCGCAAAUCAGACCGACCGUCACUGAGGACGAAGUCCGUAAACUGGCCGAGCGGCUGUACGGAAUUAUCGUACUGGAAAGUUGCGAGCUAGAAUCCUACGAUGAUCGUAAUUUCAUGAUACAGGCCGACAGUUAUGUCAAGAACCCGAUAUUGAAAUCAAUCAACGCCAGCGGUUACGUGAUGAAAAUAGCGAAUUCACUCGAUUCCCGCGACGAAUCGUUCUUUGAAGCGCAGAAUGAAAUCAUGAUGCAUCUCAAAAAGCGUGACAUCAAAUGCCCGGUGCCGAAGCAGAACAUCUACGGCAAAUAUCACUCGAUCGAAAAGCUGGGCAGUUCGGAACACAUCGUCCGUUUGUUGGAGUACAUUCCGGGCAAAAUAUUCCACGGGGUACCGCAUCCGGAUGAGAUGUUCUAUCAGGCUGGACAGUUCAUAGCGAGAAUCGAUUCGGCCCUCAAGGGUAUGGAUAAAACAAAGAUCCUCCACCGGCAAUCAAUAUGGAUGCUGGAGAGUUUCCCGAAGCUGCACGAUUUCAUGUACGUUGUCAAGGACGAGCACCAUAAGGAUAUCAUCGAGCAGGUGUUGCAUGCAUUCCAAAAACGGAUCAUUCCGCAUCUGGACGAAUUUCAACAGGGCGUGAUCUACGGGGAUUUCAAUGAACACAAUAUCAUAGUAAACAAGAAAGCAGCGGAUAGCAAGAACUACGAAAUAACGGGCAUUAUCGAUUUCGGCGACGUGUGCUAUUCGCGGUAUGUUUUCGAAUUGGCUAUUGCCAUGACGUACAUGAUGCUGGAAUCGAACGACCUAGACACUGGCGGGCUGGUGAUCGCUGGCUACAGUAUGAUACGACACAUUCCUCAGCACGAGAAAGAAGUCCUCAGGGUGGCAGUUGCGGCACGUCUUUGUCAGAGCCUUGUCCUCGGUCUCUACACGGCUACCGUCGACUCCAACAACCGGUACAUUCUGUCAACCCAAACGCGAGGCUGGAGUAUGCUCGAGGCACUGUGGAACGAAUCAGACAAAGAUAUUCAAGAACGUUGGGCCACCGUGGCCGAAGAGUAUCUUACUAGAAGUACCAAGUGACUCGGUUAUUGAAAACGUUAUGAUUUCCAAUGCAUUUUAAUUAUAGUUUCACGUCGAACGUGAUGCGUUUGUUUUAAGCGCAUUCGCACUAGCACUACAUCGGAAGCAAUAUCUACAUGAAUCAAUUAUUCAAGCAAUGAAAAAGAUUGUAUUGCAAUAUAAGAGCUUUAACAGUAGGCGGCAACAGUGUAGCGAAGCAAAUAAAAUU